AUGUCACAACGAUUCGGAGCAUCCGUUGCAACUCCUGCAGCCUCUCGUUUGGCAGAAAGUAGUCAAAAUAAUAACGCAUUCACCCUACCACCUUCGAUCACGACCGAUGCACACAUUUCCCUUGUACAAUUGCCAAUCCCGUCUGACUCAGUAAUACAUUGGCAAAGGCACACCACCAGCUCAUCCAACCUCCAGCAAACUGAUCAUGCACAUCACCGUGCCGAUCCGAGUAUCGUGCAAAAUUCUGUGCAUGAUUUAAUGCAGAUAGCACAAGAACAAGCCCAGAGAAAUGCUUCGUCUCGAACAGAACUCAAAAGUGCGUUGCUGAACGACAUAUUCUGGACAUGCGAAGAGAGGCAACAGAAGGGCUCCUACGUAUCCUCCGGAAAUAAUGCCGACAACGAUUCUGUAUCGCAGGGGCCAGCAAGCAUUUGGACUUUUCAAGUGGAGCAUGUUAAUGCCGCCGAAUCAUCUAAUGCCAUCCAUAAAGGCAGAAAUACUACAGGAGGAUCGCUAGACAGGAUGAAGAAAGUACAUGAAAAACUUACACAAUCCGGUGCAGCUCAGACAGAAGGCACUUUAUCGCUACAGAAUCUGUACAAGAAAGGGGCGCAGGAUGAGCAAAGCCUGGUACCCAACAAUGAGGAUGAUCAUCAACCUCUCUCUCAAUUCAUCAAGGCAUUAGAGGAGUUCUUGUUGCUUAGAUGGGUCUGGACUCGACAAUCUGAGAGGCAUGCGACUUCCAAGCGACAAAUGCAACCGCAAAAGCUUAAUCCCAAGACCGAAAGCACGAUUGAUGGAAAAGUGAAGGCUUCUACUGAUGAGGAAGAAGAGGGAGCUCUGGGCGACGAUGGAUCCGAAGAAGUGAAGGAGGGCCAGAGAGGCCAAGAGAGUUCAAAUCUGUGGAGUGGGAACCAGCUAGCGCGAGAUAAACCUGUUGUUAGGCUCGGUAAAGGAGUUAUGGUCUAUGAUCGACCUAAUAAGACACAGAGAGGUUUGCUCUCAUUCGACUCUGAAAGCACAAACAUGCCGCUCCAGAUGUCUCUGCGAUGUUUUGCAGAUGAUACUGGUCAUAUCUUCUUGGAGACUUGGCCUUGCGAUAAUUCUGCAUCCCAGCUCGUGAAAGAAAACGAUGCAAAUCCUGGGGAUACACUUCUUCUCGCGCCGCUGAUGAUAAAGGCUCGCUUUAUCAGCUUUGUUGGCCCUGUUGCUCAAAUCAGCGAUAAUGUGACAGUCAGAUCAUCCCGAGAAGCCCUGUUCGAUCUACUGCAGCUGAAUGCGGUUGACACAUCUUUCCUGGUGGAUGAAUGGAUCUCUUGUUCAUAUCAAGGUCGAGUAUUCCUCUGGCCAGCUCAACUGUGUCUUCUCCACAAGCUCUCAUCACCUUUACCCUAUGCGAAGAUGCCAUCUUUGGUUGAAUCUACACUGCAUGAUGUAACCGCAAAAGCGAGACGAUGUGUCCGGGAGACGUUGGGACUCUCUGUUACGCCAGAUCGAGAGCUCACUGCCAGCUCGCAAGAAGAAGAAGAUGACGCCAUGGAAGAAGAGGAUGAUGAUGAGCAGGACGAGCAAGGUAUGGAUACCAGAAAUAGCGGUUCGCCUGCGAAGAUCGGGCAAACGCUUGAUACAGCUGAUGCAAAGGGCGCUUCCGAUAGAAGCGCACUCGAUGCGUCGAAAGCUGCUGCCACAAGCAUGGAUAUUAAGCCAAACGACACUGUUGAUUCUUUAUCUUUGCCAGCUUAUCAAAGCGGUACAAGACGCAAUUCUGCUGUAGCCAUGGAUUCAAAUAGCAAAGAUGAAGAAAUGGAUUUGUGGGGAUCGUUUGGCUUCGUAGGUCAAGAAGAUUCUCAACUGCCACCAAUGCCUCGAAGUCGAGAUGGUUUCGAUGAUACUGGCUUCGGAUUGGUGACGGAGGACGAUUUCUCCUUCUUUGAUGAUGGUGCUGCUGACUUUAGCGCUUUCACAAAUGAUGCCCUUGACGUUGGAGAAAUGAAUAUUCAUCAACCGGAUGGAGAUGCUACAAUCACGGAAAUGCCAAUGGAGGAGGAUACAGAAGUUUUACCUGAGGCUAUCCAUGUAGAAGAUGAACAAGGUACGCAACAAAUCGAUCAAGACCAUGAAGAAAGCACAGGUACUGGCUCAAGUGCUAUAGACCCGCCAUCAUUACCUGGCUUUACACCUGGCUCAUUCAGCGAAAGCUCGCCAGCUGUUGGAGGAAUGAGCGUCAAAACACCACGAACGCCAUUCUCACCCAAUCAAGAGCUAGCAGAUACCGCCAUCACAAUUGAAGGCGAACAUGGCUCGCUGGAAAAUGGAAUGUAUGGUCAUCACCAGUACAAUCAUCACCAUGUUAUGCCCAACGAUCAUUCUAAUGAGGAGUACGAGAGUAUGAACAAUUACGACUCUUCCAUGGGACCGCCUGAGGUGCGCUUCAUGCCUAAUCAGAAAAGACGUCAAAACUGGGCUAACAAAGGUCAAAGAGAUAUCACAUCAAAAUACGAACAAGGCAAAUUCGCCAUGCCUUUCGUGCCUCUGCGUAAGAAACAAGGUGAUGAGGAGAGCUCGGAUCAGCAACACCAACCACAAAGACAAACAGGUAGAAGCGAUCAAGAAAGUGCACUGCUCGCGCCUACUAGAAGUCGUUUAGGUCAUCGUACAACAGUAAAUGGAAGGCGUGUAUCAUUUUCUAGAACGGGCGCACAUCCACACUCCGGUCUUAUUGGUGCAUUGAAAGGAAGGCUAGGAGUUCUUCGCGGUGAUGAGGAGAUGUCAGAAGCUACAGGGGAUGGCACAAUGAGUGAGCGAAGCUCAUUGAUGGAAGAAGAUAGUGCAGACGAUGAAUCUGUAUCCAGUGAUCAAACUUCCGAAGAAGAUGAAGCAUUGACUGAGCAAAGGACAGAGAUGUUGCAAUCAUCUAUACACUUUCUUCGUUUUGCAAAUUAUUCAAAUGCACCCUCUUUUGAUGAUCAUACGCAAGAUGAAUUGGUUGAGCUUCAACCAUCCACAAAUGUUGAGCCUGCAGAAUGGAAUGAUCUUGUUCAUCAUUUGAUCGAAAAUCCUCAAUUGCGAUUGCAAAUUGGCCAAUCGCUGGGACAAAUCGAAUAUGCGGGAAGUGUUUCACGAUAUGACUCUCAACAUCUAUUCACCCUGCUGCAAGGUCACGAAAGCGAUUGUACUCUUGGAACAUGUAUGGGAGGAGAAAAAUCGAAUCAAAAUGCUAACAAAUCAUCUCUUUUGCAAGUAAUGGAACCCAGCAAUGUGCUUGUGGGAUGUCAAGGUAGUGUGACGAAUGUUGCGCCCUCUGCGCUUCAUUACUGGGAUAAGCUCGGGCUUACGGCAGUAGGAGGACAGAAGGAUGUUGCUGCUUUUGCAUUACACACAAAUGAUGUAAAUAUCGCCAUGCAAGGCGAGAUCCGCAAUUGGCUUGAUUCGAUGGGAAAAGUCUUUCGCGAGAACGGGCUAGGAAGCCAUACGAUGUCAGAGCAUGGUUUGCUGGAUAUAGGAACCGUAUCGCGAUCCAAAACCUUGGCAGAUACGCUCAAUUUGAUGGCAAAAGAUGCGGAGCAAUGGUCGGAUACAGUUGAUUCACUUGUUUCUCGUGUGGUAGGAGCAUUGAAGAAACACAAUUUCGUGGUAAUGUACGCCAUCGGAUCUUUCCAUGUUCCUGGUCAGAUCCAGUCUUUCGUUCGCUUACAGAGAGAUUUGCGAUCAUCUGCAUCUCUUCGUUAUGGUAUACCGGGAGAUUCAAUCGUAGUUCGGCCAUGUUCAUGGGAAAGUGUUCGAUUGACAUCUUCCAUUUCGAGAGAUGCCUCUACCAAUUCUUUACGCAGAAUGGCAAUGUCCAUCUAUGAUUCUUUGCAAGUCACAGUCGAUGUUCAGUACAAUCGUGAACAGUACCUCCCAAAGUUUUCGGCGGUACCUACGGCGGUUCAGUAUCCUUCUUUCUCCAUCUUGCCCGCAAGCUUUGGCAAUAAUGUUGGUUCCGCAUUCAAGCUAGAUUGGUACUUCAAAUCGGUUGAUAUCUUCGAAAGAGGCACGCUGCUGCAUGUCGCCUAUCAUUUAGCUCCAUCUGCUGGGCAGCCAUCUAUGCUUGCCAUCAUCGAUGAGCGAGGACAAGGCUACACUGCUACAGCAUGGAGAAGGACUGGAUCUAUGCAAGACGAAAUUCAAAGAAUAUGGAAUAUCACAACAGAGUUCACCAUGCGUUCGCGAAACAUGUGGAAGAUUGUACUCUGCAAAGAUAGAGCGAUUGGAAUGGCAGAGGUACGCAUGUGGUCCAAAAUCCUAAAAGAUCGAACUGCUCUGGAGAAUGCAAAUGCUUUGGAAGUGAUCCUAUCAUGCUCAGAGCUUGAUCGAGUGCUUUCACUUGUGUUGCCGUUGCAAGACUUGAAUGAGUUGGAAUGCAGACGUCAAGCAGCUGUUGAGACGAUUCCCAAUUCAAAAAGUGGUGGAAAGUAUAUCGAUGCAUCCAUAUGGAAAUAUGCACUAUAUCCUCAACGAAGGAUGGCGUUGCGUAACAGCGUCCUGGGAAAGGAUGAUGGCAAGGAUGACAUGUUUAGUCUGCCCAUCUUACCUUUGCGCAGUUCUUUAACAAUGACGAUUCCACAAUCUUGGAAUUCUACAACGACCCUUUCAUCCAACGAGAAUGGUGUGAAUAGCAAAGCGUGGUCACGGAGUGCACCUCAUCAUCUCUGGAUUCACAUUCUUCAGGUGUUCAAGCUCGAUCCGAAUGAAGAAAGCAUGCAAGCGACGCAAAAUGUAGAAUCCUCAACUUCUUCAUCAACACCCACACCGGCCUCCAUUGCUCAUUCAGAUGCACAAAGUACUGGUAGUGGAGUCGAACAGAAGAAUACCCCUUCAGACCCCUUUGGCAUCGAAUCAAGGCUUGAAAGAAUAACAAAAAGUUUUCAAGAAUUAGAAUUGAUUGCCCGUGAACGAGCAAUGUUGCCAAUGGAUGAUCCAACUACAAUUCAUUUACCAUGGCAUUUGGCCAUUUUGCAAAAUUUGUUGAAUUUGUCCAGUGCUGUAUUUAUCGGUAAUUGA